GGAAAUAUGCCAAGGCGACGACAGAUUCAGAUGUUAUGAGCUGUGGUUCACGAUGAUUAAUCAAAGAAAGAGUUGAUAGCGACAGUGGUUACGGAUACAAUUUGAAAGAGGUGCCGAUUUCGUCUUGCGGAAAAAAAGGUAUUAAAUGGCGACAUUACUUGAAUUUAUUCGAGAACAAUGUGUUCUUGCAGUUUUAGAAAGUGCACAGUCAAAAGAGCGCCCAUGGAUCAGAUUGAACAGUUUUGAGCUUACAAGACUACCAGAGAGGCUUUUUGGUAUAAAAAAUAUAGUGGGGCUAUUCCUUAAUGAUAAUAAAUUAAAUACAUUACCAACAGAACUACUUCAGCUUCAAACUUUGGAAUAUUUAGCAGUGGACAACAACAAUUUAUCAAAAUUGCCAUCACCCCUAAAUAAUCUGACAAAUAUUAUUUUUCUCAAUCUAAGCUAUAAUCCCAUGAAGCAUCUUACAGCAGAGAUAGGGAAUCUGAAGAACCUUGAAGUCUUGUGGAUUAACCACAUGGGCCUGGUAGCUUUGCCACCAGAAAUAAGAAAUCUUCAAGUGCUGAACACUUUUGGAAUAAGAGGGAAUCUUCUGAUGCAGCUACCAGAAGAGAUUGGCUACUUAGGUUCACUUAGGUGGCUCACUGUUGAAAAUAAUCAAGUAUCUGAAGUUCCAGAAAGUUUUAGCCAGCUGGAAAAUCUCAUUCAUUUCAAUAUAAGUAAAAACAACAUCCACAAAAUUCCUACAGUGAUAGCAGAGAUGAAGUUGCUGCAGUACUGCUACUUGAGAGAUAAUUUUAUUGAAGAAAUUCCUGUAGAAUUAAUGAAAAAUAUGAAACAUAUCAAAAAGCUAGAUGUGACAGGAAACCCUCUUUCUUCACUUCCUUCAGAAAUAGAGAAAUUCCCAAAUCUAUGGGCUACUAAAACUGAUAUUAUGAAUUCAGAAGACUUAAACCAAGCUUCAGAAAGUGAAUCAGAAGACUGGGAGAACUCUGUUGCAUCUAGUGAAAUUGAUAGUACAGAUGCCAGUCAUAAUGAUGAAGAGACUGAUGAUGAAGACCAAUAUGAACCAGCUGCUUUUAUAACCGAGACAUUACCUGGGUUGUGCAAAUUUCUUGGCUCAGGAAUCUAAGGUACAAUAUGUUAUAUUUCCUGUAAGCAUGCAUAUGCCAUUAAUGUCUGAAUAUCAGUUAUAUGACUGGAAAAAAGCUUGUAAAAUAAGUUUUCAAUUUGAAAGACAAAGUGGAAGUUACAAUUAAGUACUGAGUCUCAACUAAGUGUGGGAUACAUCUGUGAAAAACAUUUAGUACCAUGUAUCAAUUUUUGAGUACUACGGUGGAUGAACAGCAACAUGAUUAUUAGCUACUAAGUUAGUUUAGAUUGAAAUAUUCCAUGUAACAUAUUUGGCAAGAUCUGGAUUAAUGUAGUUUUUAAUUUAAGUAUUAAAUAACCUUGUGGAUGAAAAUUA